AUGAAAGGCGUGAAGCAAGAUGUUAUUGCUUUAACCGCUAAUGAAAUGUUUCCUGAAGCUAUACAAUGCUAUUACAAUGAAGAUAAGAACAUUCACAUACCUGUUGGAACAUAUGACAAAGACUCUGAGUUCAGUUUAAUGAAACUUUACAAAGCACUUCAUGAUGGUCAAGAGAUUGCAUUCGACUUAUGUAAGUCUUCUAGUCCUUGCUUUGCUGAAAAGUUUAACUUCUCAAUAACGACUAAAACAAGCUUUAUUCGUAAGUUGAAGUUCUGA